AUUUCAUAUAAGAUUACCGUACUUUGUUAAUAUUCCAGUGGUGAUUCUCUGCAAAUUUUCCAAUUUCCAGUAACCAGCAGGACAACAUAUCUAUAAUCAAUGAAGAUCACAUUUCGAAUGUCUCUUCAUUUCAGUCUACUUGUAUUUGCCUACGGAUACGACCCUCUAGAGAACGCUGUAAAGAGCACACGUUCCAGAGGAUCGGUAUUGAAUCAUGUAAGUAAUGAAGAUUACUUAGGCGAGUAUUCAACCUCACAAGUAUACAUGGGCCCACAAGGAGGGUUGAAGGAUGCCGACAAAAUAUCCAGCUUGCCAGGUCAGCCAGCCGGAACAGACUUUGACCAGUACUCAGGGUAUGUUACCGUUGACCCGGACCAUGGAAGAGCACUGUUUUACUAUCUUGCAGAAUCACCCAUCAACUCUUCCACUAAUCCUCUUGUACUCUGGCUCACUGGAGGGCCAGGCUGCUCUUCGGUUGGAGGCGGGGCCAUGUUGGAACUUGGACCGUUUCGAGUCAAUGCUGAUAAUACAACACUGUCACAUAAUAAAUAUGCAUGGAACAAUGUUGCAAAUGUCCUUUUCUUGGAAUCCCCGGCUGGAGUUGGAUUUUCUUACUCCAACACGUCUUCCGAUUAUGUAACUGGUGAUGCACAAACCGCAAGAGAUUCUUAUACGUUUCUAGUUAAUUGGUUAGAAAGAUUCCCGGAAUACAAAACUAGAGAUUUUUACAUCACGGGAGAAAGCUACGCAGGGCAUUAUGUACCUCAACUCGCGCAAUUAAUUCUUCAAAACAACAAGAUCACCAAUCAAACUGUCAUUAACCUUGAAGGAAUUGCUAUCGGAAAUCCAUAUGUCGAUAAUGAAACAGGAAACACAGGAAUGUUUGACUAUUUUUGGACAUACGCCAUCAUUUCUGAUGAAAUCCAUGAAGGGAUCAUUUCCAACUGCAACUUUUCCGAAGGUGCAAUCAUAACCGAUGCAUGCAAUGACUAUCAAAAUCAGGCACUCGCUGCUAAAAGCAACAUCUACUUCUUUGACAUCUAUACCCCUUUAUGCUCAACAUUUAGCACCAACACUCCAUCAAUAUCAGGAUUCGAUCCAUGUAGUGAGAAUUAUGUUCUUGGAUACAUGAACAAUCCUAUUGUGCAACAGUCGCUUCAUGCAAAACCAGUUCAAUGGAAAGCUUGCAAUGACUUCAUCAGUGUUGGCCCGAACUUGGAUCUUGAUCUCUAAAUGAGCGUGAAUAACUUGAAUAACAAUAACUUGUAAUAAAUAAAUGAAUGUUUACAAAUCGAAUUGAGAGUAUAUGUUACAAAUGAAAACAAUCUAUCCUAUUUAUAGUU